UUAACCAUGUAUUUACUCUGGGCAGUUUUUAACACGACAAUUUUAUGAGCGCACAAUCAAUUCAUAUAUAUUAGACCGAAGAAAUUGUCAGUAGCUUUCGGAUCAACGAAUUGUGAACGGUGAAAUUUUUCAAAUUGAAUUUCUCUGUGAGACUAACGAUCCAAACAUAGGUUUCGUAUUGUGAAUUAGACGAAUAUAUUACCCUCUUUUGUAAACGAUAGGUGGAAACGGAGAUCUUACACGAGGGAGAAAAAAAAAUAUUUAUUCCCGAGGGAGAAGCAGAGCUUCACUUCUAAGAUAAGAAUAAUCGAGUGUCUUCAUUCCGUACCGCAGGCGCGUGUUUCUCCCCUCAUUUUCACCGUGAAUUCCAGAAAUAGGACCUUGUGUGAUUGCGUUGUACGAUAAAAAGAAUGUAUCCAUAGGAAUGCAUGUGGAAAUCCAACGGCCCCCCCAAUGAAACUCGGGUUUUUAAUUUCAGCGGGAUCGAAGAAAGCAUUUGUAGGGUGAAAAUAAAGCGGAAGGUACGGAAAAACUGAAAAAUGAGCGACGCUACACCCCCGGCGAGUUUUUCGCGGGUUCGUCAAGUCGAUCGUCGCGUUAGGCCACCUCGGCGAAGAGGAAACCGGCAACCGAUUGUUCCCCCAAACUUUGCCGACGUCAUAUUUCACCGGAGAAGAGUGAAAAGGUCAUCCUACUACUUUACAAGUGGUCAUGAGCACCUUGGCAAUUCGAGAAAUGUCCUCGAAGAGAGAUCGCCGUUCGUCGCCAUUCCAAAAACGCACCUGUUCGGUUAUCUACAGUCCUCGAAAGCUUGGAAAGCCAAGGGCAACCACGAAGCGAAGAGUAGAAAAAUCGAGGACGCUCAUAGCUAUCAGAGUCUCCAGUUCAAGGACCUUCUUCGUCGACUUCAUGUUGAUGUUCCCAUCGAGAUUGAGGAGGCGAAAGCUCACAAGGACUCCGACAAGGCUGCUGCAAUGACGGAUGUGGAUCCUCAAUACUUCACUGAGCUUCGCGGUCGAGUUUUAAAAGAUCGAUCCAGCCUCAAAACCUACGUGAAUGACACUCGGGAGGUUUUUAAAACGCGACUAUUGGCUGGCCAGGAACGCGACGAUUGCAUACGAAUCGAUCAGCAGUUUCACGAAGAACAGAAAAGACUGGAUAACAUUAAGCGAAAGUACCGUCAGUAUGUCGCUGGGUUCGAAGAAUUCCUCUCCAGAGACCACGAGGAGAGUAUGGAAGUUCUUCGAAAAGCUGAAGACGCUGGCAAGGUCACUAAUGAACUUACGAAUCACCUUCGCGACCUUUCGAAAUCUGUCGGACACAUCAGACUCCAAGUUUAUGUCCUGGAAGAGGCAUGGCGAAUGGUAAAAACUUGUCAAAGGUUCCUUUAUCACGUAGCACCCCACAGUUGGAGGUCAAAGCACGAUCCUACCUACAAAAAGGAAUCCGGAAAGGACGAGGUCUUUUCGAGAUACGGAAAUACCGAGGAAGUUGCCUCCCUGGAUUCGCUUAUCGAGAUGUUUGAGCAGGAUAUAAAGGACGCCAGUGAUCCUGAAAUGUACUUCGACGACCCCUACGACCUCAUCCACAUCUUCAGGGCGAUGGAGUUGCAGAAUUUAAACGCAAUGAUCCAUUGCGAAUCCUUAGCUGCUCCGCUUGUGGAAAUGGCGGCUUCUGUGGUGAAAACUGACGUAGCGAUAAAAGGCGAAAUCGCGGAAAUCUUCGAAGGAAUCCAAGACCUCGAGCUCGCGAUUCACUGGGAAGAAAGUCGAGCGAAAUCCCUUGAGGAUUACGCGAACUACCUUCUUCAGGGUCUGUUCAGGGAACUGGUAUGUUCCGAAACGGUUCUCCACCUCUUCGUUUUCGUUGAGGACACUUACGAAAACUGCGUAGCCCAAAACGACGCGAACCUUGAUUCGUACUCGAUGAUGAAGUCGAUCGAAAGGGUACUUGAAGAACUAAACGCGCAACUGGAUAAUCUUCCGGUCGAGGUCGUUCUACAGUGCGAGAAACAGGGAUUCCGACAGGAAAUGAAGGCGAUGAAGGACGCGGAGGAUGCCGCGCGAAAGAUGGCACUGAUGCGCCGACUGCUGGCCGCUUUGGUGAGGAUAAUGGAGCCUCCGAUAACGAGGCAGAGAAAAUUGAUGUACCGCUCCGCCCCAGUGGAGGUUAAAAAGAAGGUCACGCCACCCCCUACGCCUCCCUCGAAUGAAGAACUCGUGUGGUUGACUUAUUUCACUAAUUACUGCGAGAGAGACGAUCAUCACGAUUUCCGGUCACAGUACCCGGACGACUUUGACCUCACGUUUAAACCACGAGGGCAAAGAGGUGUUGCCAAACAUGAAGUGAAGGUCGAAGAUGAAGAGGAAGACGAAUCGGAAAAUGAUGACGAAGAAGACGACGAAGAACAAGAUGGUGUGAAAAACGGAAACGAACUGAACGGAAAAGAAGAAGACCACGACGACACGGAAGACGAAUUCAGAGAUGAAGGAACGUAGCUAACUUUCUGUCCGAACAAAAAUAGAAGUCCACAUCGAACUUUCGAUUUCAAUUAAUUUCUGAUCCGCGGAUAGUUUUCACAUCGUCGUUCUCGAUGAAUUACCGUCGAAACGAUCCCCAUGGCAACGUCGUUCGAUAUUUUUUGCAGCCCAGCAACUGGCAGCUCUAAGCGUUACCGUACGAUACGCGAUUUUCACAUCCCUUAGUAUCUUGCCAUCUAGCUUGUCAGCUAUACGGGGUAUAAACCUCUACUUAUGAAUACCAAGUGCGUCUGGCGAUGCUAGUCAACUAGUCAAGUGGCUCGUUCCGGCGUCGCAAGUAGUCUCAAACCCCUCGUCAAAUAUUCUCCUCAUCAACGAACACACCGUCUAGCUCUGCCGCUCGAUCUGAACCUCACGACGUCUAUUCAUCUCGCGAAACGUAAUUCUUUUUUUUUCGUGUUCCCUUUCUUCCUACCGGCCAGCGUCCACCCUCGUCUUCUGCAAAGGCGAACCACAUUGUGUCUGACCAACGACGUACGCGCGUCUGCACCGAGAUUCAUGAAUUAUUCGAAACAUCGUUAGCGCAGGUAUUUCGCACGUCUGCAAUCACCCCUGACAAAAAAAAAAAAGAAAUAAUUUUGAUGACAGGAAAUUCAGGAAAAAAACCUGCCCGAUUUCCGCUACGGAGCACAUUUCCUUCUUCAGUUACAACUGGAAAUGCGGCUUGAAUGGAAAAAGCGAAUCUAUGAAUGGAGAAUUUACAACUAUGAAAGGUCAACCGGUCUGUGAAAAACUUUUCCAAGUCUGUAGGUCGUAGGUAUGAGUCACGUCUAUACGUAGACACCUCAUCAUGUCGUUCAAACUCGACGUGGUAUAUAAGAUAAUCCGUUAUGUCACCAAACGGCGUACAACUUCUACGGUUAACUUGCAACCUUCGUAAUCGUUACCUACUUGUGCAUCGAAAUUACACUAGCGUUCCGCGCGAGCGACAUUGCAAUGUUCUCUUAUAUCGUAUUUUACUUUCAAUUUUUGGCAAAUUUCAUAUCCAAGGUUACAAGUUUUCAAACCCAGUUUAAGAACAAAGUUGAAUUUCAACCCCAUAAUCGAAAAAAUCCUAAAGGAUACACCUCGUUGUCAGAUUUUGCGGAAUGAAUUCUGGCGUUUCAAGAUCAGACUGGACAUCAACUUUUCAGAAUAGAAUUUUCCAGUUUCAAUGAAUCGUUCAGUUUUUAAUUCGAUCUGCAGCUUUCGUUUGGUUUCCGAGCAAAAUUAUAGAAUAAAAAUAAAGAUAAAGUUUAAAAUAUAAUGUUUUACUCAACCGACGAUACCUAUACCUCGCUUUGAUCAUGGAAUGAUCAAUAUCAGCUGUUCCCGACCAGCUUUACUCUGCCUAGCAACUGCGUGAAACCGUCUUCAUCCUUAGCGGUCGUUCUUUUUUUCCUCUUUUCUCGUUUCUGUUCAUGCAAAGUACUCCGAUUAAUUAAUCCCUAUUACCGACGAUUCUAAUUAGAGGUAGAGAAAUUUUCAAUGCACGAAUAAAUAAUUAAAAUUGAAUUAUUAUGUGUAUGAAAUCGAUCGCCAACGCGACUCGUCGAAUUAAUUGAAAAGCCUUAGAGAAUAUACGCAUAUACGUAUGUAUAUGAACUUCGUUAAAAUGGAAUCAAUGAAAGUAAUAGAAAAAAAUGAUAAUAAGCGUUUCCCUCGACUGAUUUCAAUCAACGAAUGAGAUAGCCUGUAUACGCCGAUACGUGCAGUAAUAUGCAAAAGUAAGUAAGAAUAUGUAAAAAAGAGCAAGUGCUAAAAGGAUCCAAGUACAUACAAUUACAUACAUGGAUGUACAGAAGCGUGAAUCGCGGGGUCAGUGACUCGGAGCUCAUCAUUACUGUCGUUGAUUCACAUAAUCCAAUACUUACAUAGGAUUACAUAUGCACAAUUUACAUACGUAUAUAUAGGUACGUAAUUGGUAUAUAUACAUAUCUAAUUCAUUCUCUGUCCAAACGUCCAGCGCACGGUAUUCUUCGUAUUAUUAUAGGUAUAGCACGUAUGCACGUUGCAGCGUACUUCGGUCCAUUUGGUAAUGGACGUAUAUACUCAUAUUUUCAGUAUAUAAGUACAUAAUCUAAAAUGUACGACACGAUGAUGCCACUCGUUUCUCGCACACGUCUCCGUGCAUUAAAGUCUCAGCUUUCUUUAAUCUGAUACACGAUCGUCGUCGUACAUACUGUAUAGUUUGAGACGUCCGCGUCGCGACGUCUCGAGAGGCUCAGCUGGCUUGUAAACGCUAUACAUACAUGGAAUAUCACCAGCUCGUGGGAUGUUUAAUGUAUCUAUAUUUUAGCGUCUAAUAUUAUACGUAUAUGUAGAUACAUUAAGAAAUGAGAAUUUCGAAAAUUCCUCCCCUCCUCCAUCCUCCCAACCCUGUUCUGUUCGACAUCUGUUGUCUCUUACACCGCUAAAUAAUUCUCGUGAAAACUUGAAAAUUUUCCGUCUAUGUUUCGCGUGCGUGUGUAAAAUAAUUUUCGAAAUAUCAUCUCAUAGCUCGUUCGGAUUUGGAAGAAAAAGAAGGAAGAAGUGAGAACUGAAUUGUACGAGGGGUGAAAAAACGGAGACCUUUCGCACGCGGAUAAAAAAAUCCUGGGAAAAUCCACAGGGAUCCCCGGAAGUAGGUCCGAAUAUUGCUCGAGACUUCUGUCUUCGAUCAAAAAUCGCGAGGUUCGAAUUGGCUUCUAAUGCCCCAUACGUUAUACCUACGUACGUACAACACAUGUUAACAAGUGUAUGAAAAGAGCUUUAUACGUUAGCCUUUGCAUAAAGACCAGUCUAUGAUAGUCGGAACUUGAAGUGAGGAUUGAGAAAAAAAAAAAAAAAUGGGGAAAAAAAAAAUAUUUCGCCCACUCAAAUGAGUUGAAAACCUCCUACGGAAACGCCUCUUUAUACGGGUCCCACUAUUAUACGCGGUUUCUACAUAAGGAUAUACGAACACUCGAUUGAGAUACACGUAUAGCGUAUAGUCAAACCAGAGGGUUUUUCUCGAUUUUUUCUUAUUUUGGUGUUAGCCAGAGCUCCGUACGCGUAUCCGCGUACGGGGCAAGUUUCUUUGUUUUUCUCGAUGCGUUUCCAUUUUUACCCCGGCUUCGUUUAAAAAUAAGCGACCGUGAACUUUUUUAUACACACAUAUGGUAUCCCUGAUUUAUUGGAUAG